AAUCAUAGCAACGAUAUUAUCGAACAAACAUCAAACUUUCAUAAACAUUGGGAGAAGAGACGAUAAAAUAUUCUAUUUCAAGACAAAAACUGUCAAAAUAAUAAUUAUAUCCUUUGGAAUAUGGAGAUUCAAUAUGCAUAUCAAAAAAAGAGAAGCGAAUUUGGAAGGCAGUGCAUGUUUUCCGAUAAAGGCCCCGAUUUAAUUGAUAAUUUUCCGUCAGACAGGAAAUUAUACAAGGACUAUAUUUUGAAAGAUCCGGUAUCAAGAAGUACGCAAUGCGCCCCAAUUCAAGCAGAACAUUUCCUAAACACUAUGAGAGCGGAAUACACAAAUUCUUCCAUGAACCACGUGGAAGGUGGAUGGCCCAAAGACGUCAAUACUGCCGAUGAAGAACAAACCAAAAGAUACAGGCGGAAAAUAGAAAAAGACGAAGGAUUCAACCAUACUAUGAUGCAAUUGUUCAAAAAUAUGGAAAACUGCAUCCUUCAGAACAACGCCAUCAAUAUCUACCAGCAAUACUUCUCCGACGUUGAACCGACCCCUCUAGUUGAGAGAAGCUCUGCCAGAACAGUCAACGUCUAUCAGGACCAAUGUACGCCGACGAGACCGAUAACCCACAUAUCUUGGUCCCCGGACAACCAGACAAAACUGGCCGUCUCUCAUUGCAAUAUGGUGUUUCACUUUCCGGUUCAGUCGGCCUUCUCAUAUAUUUGGGAAGUUGAAAAUCCCAAUCUCCCGCUUCUAACACUGAAACCGGAACACCCCAUCGUUUGCCUCGAAUACAACCAAAAAGAUCCGCACUCUCUGGUAAGCGGACAAUUGAACGGCCAAGUCGCCGUGUGGGAUACGAGAAAAGGUUUCGAACCUGUUGAACUCAGCGUCAUCGAGAACAGUUUCAGAGACCCCGUCCACAACGUGCUCUGGAUCCACUCGAAAACGGGUACGGAGUUCUUCAGUUCAUCCACCGACGGACAAGUAAAAUGGUGGGAUAUCAGAAAGUUAUCAGAACCAACCGAAACCCUUAUAUUAGAUUACAACAAAGAUGAAGACCAAAGUCUCGCAAACGCCAUGGGAGCCUCCUGUUUAGAAUAUGAAAGUACUAUCCCGACACGUUUCAUGGUGGGAACAGAACAAGGUGUGGUUAUUUCCUGUAAUCGGAAAGGAAAAACUGCUUUGGAGAAGAUGCCCACCCGAUUCAACGCUCACAUGGGGCCAGUUCUAGCGCUACAGAGAAAUCCGGGUUUUGUCAAGAAUUUCUUGACUAUAGGAGACUGGACUGCGAAAAUAUGGUCGGAGGACUGUAGAGAAAGCUCUAUAAUGUGGACAAGUUUCCACAAGGCAAUGCUGACAGAUGGAUCUUGGAGUCCAACCAGAUUAUCGGUGUUCUUUACAACUAGAUCCGACGGCACUCUGGACGUUUGGGACGUCCUGCAACAACAAAAACAAGCCUGUUUGGGCGUUAAAGUAUGCGACGAACCACUGAAAUGCCUGAGAACUCACGACAUGGGGCGACUUGUGGCAGUAGGCAACCAACAAGGAAAGAUUUAUUUGGUGGAAUUCAGCGAGAACUUAUCAGUGUCCAAUAAGAACGACAAAAUGCUAUUAACCGCCAUGUUCGAGAGGGAGAGCCGCCGGGAAAAAAUCCUGGAGGCCCGAAACAGGGAGAUGCGUUUGAAGCAGAAGACGAAACAAUCAGUUGCCGCAUUCGUGGAUGAAGACGCAUCGAGAGGGGAUGUGACGGAAGCAGCAGAGGCGACUUUCGCUGACAACUUCGUGAAGCAGUCGGAGGCGGAUUUCUAUCAGAAGAUCGAGGCAGAGGUCGCGGCUUCCAAGCCUAAGCAAGAGGAACCUGAAGAAGCCGAAGAACUUGAAGGGAAAGGGGGUUUCCGCUCUGAAAUGAUUUUGGAUCAGGACAUGUCUGAGGAUAAGGUAGCCGAUGAAGAGGAGAAAGAAAAGGAAAAAGUUGAGGAGAAGGGCAAGGAGAAAGCGACGAGUACGAAGAAGCCCAAGAAGAAAUGAAGUGUUCUACUUUAUCGUUGUUGAAAUGCUUGUUGUCUUCUUGAAAUGAAUAAAUAUGUUUAUUUACA